UUACAGGAGUGUACAGGAGGAGCGCUCGCUCGUGCUCCGCCGCGGCAGCUACGGAAAUGGUGCCUAAACUUUUGCUCGCGCUGGUUUUUGUUUUGUGUUUUCACGGAACUCCGUCAAAUGGACAGAAGAAGAAGGAGACGCUGCUCUCGGAAAAGGUCGGACAGAUGAUGGACUGGACGGCGAAGAGAGCCGUGAUCCGAAUGAACGGAGACAAGUUCAGGCGGUUUGUCCGAGCGCCUCCGCGCAACUACUCCGUCGUCAUCAUGUUCACGGCCCUGCAGCCUCAGAGGCAGUGUGGAGUGUGCAGGCAGGCAGAUGAGGAAUACCAAAUCCUUGCGAAUUCCUGGCGCUACUCCAGCGCAUUUACCAACAAGAUUUUCUUUGCAAUGGUGGAUUUUGAUGAAGGCGCGGACGUGUUUCAAAUGCUUAACAUGAACUCGGCCCCCACGUUCAUCAACUUCCCAGCCAAGGGGAAGCCAAAGCGCGCAGACACGUAUGAGCUGCAGGUCCGAGGCUUUGCGGCUGAACAGCUUGCUCGAUGGGUUGCUGACAGAACCGAGGUUCAUAUCAGGGUGAUCAGACCACCGAACUACGCUGGGCCGCUGAUGCUGGGCUUGCUCCUGGCCCUCAUUGGGAGCUUGGCGUACGUGCGGCGCAAUAAUCUCGAGUUUCUCUACAACAAAAACGUCUGGGCUUUUUCAGCACUGUGUUUCGUUUUGAUCAUGACGUCCGGCCAGAUGUGGAACCACAUUCGAGGGCCUCCAUACGCUCACAAAAAUCCCAGCACUGGUCAAGUGAGUUACAUCCACGGAAGCAGCCAAGCUCAGUUUGUGGCCGAGACACACAUCGUUCUUCUGUUCAACGCAGCCAUCACUUUCGGGAUGGUGCUUCUACACGAGGCGGCGACUUCCGAUCUGGACAUCGGGAAGAGGAAGAUCAUGUGUGUCGCCGGAAUCGGGCUUGUGAUACUCUUCUUCAGCUGGCUGUUGUCCAUCUUCAAGGCCAAAUACCACGGAUAUCCUUACAGUUUCCUGAUGAGUUGAGUUAAGCACAGACCUGGAGUAUAAUUCCAGGAUCCUCAGUGGAAGGUCGACGUUUGAAGAACCCCUUUUUCCUCAGAACCUUCUACAGUUCAACAAGCCUUACUGGUUCACAAUAAUGAGUAGUGUAAUUUCUGUCUGAUUUCUUUGUGUGUGUGUGUGUGGGUGGGUGGGUUUUUUUUGUUUGUUUGUUUGGGGUUGUUUUUUGUUGGCUUUUUGUUUUUUUUUAACGUCCAAAUGAAUUUUUUGAUUGGUGUGUUUAAACAUUUUUUUAGCAAAAGCAACUGAGGACUUGUUACUCUGAAAGCUCUGGACAGUAGAUCAGAAGUAUUGUGAUUGUUGUGAUGUUUGCUGGUAAAUGCAUUAUUACCCUCUACAGGCUAUGCAGUCCUUCAUUUACCUGUUCUAACGUUAAAGGUGCAAACUCCAGGUUAGACGGCGCACGAGGACGAGCACAACGUUUUCCACGCUACCUCGUGUCUCUACUCGUGUCCUUUUGAAGCGUUCCAAAGCCAAAACGAAGCAGUUUGUUAGUUAGUGUACUGUAGUUGCUUUUGUCUGGGGGGGGGGAGGCUGAGUGUGUGAACGUACCACUCUGUUCGGUUUGCGUAAAUCUUUGUGAUUCUGAUGUCCCUGUAUUCCAUUCAUGUUUUAAUACGCCCUUGUCGACUUUCCCUAACGACUCAGAAAGUGCCUACUGUCUGUCACGUGUGGCCAGGAAAUAGGAUAGAACAGCGAGUGGAUAUUUCCGCCUCGUCAACCUGCGAGCAUAGUGUCGUUCCCACGGUGAUUCGUACCGACUGUUACUUUUGAACCACGCGCAGAGGCAUAUCGGCUCGCUGACUACCCGGUACAGUAAUUAUAUUACGUCAGCCGUCUACGGCGUUGUUAACUCGGUCCCUCAAACCUGCAGCAGGUUUUCAUUUGAGCUGAUUAAAGUGUUGAAGUGGAAGUGGACAAGUGUGUUUAAAACA